UGCGGAAAACGUAACAUGGAGGGGGCUGGGGGGAUAGGAUCCCUUAGGGAGGAGUUUCACCUGAGGAAACUAGGAUUUAAGUAUUCUAACCCCGAACACUUCUAUUCGUGUCAGUGGCGUUGGCCAGCAUGGGUUUAUAUCCUCAUUCGGGUCUUUUUAUCCGUGUACACAAUAGGAGCACUCAUCACCAUUUGGGCAAUGGAACCUAGCUACACAAUUCUGCGUUUCCUAACAAUAUGGACAUACUUCAUGUUAACUCUUCAUUUAAUUGUCGCCGCCAUUAUAGCUAUUUUUCAUCAAUUUCAAAGGUCAAAAACGGAUACCAGCAUCAAGGAGGAACAUGAAUGCGACUAUAAAAGUCGAGAAAAUCUAGGAUACGUGGCCGAGGAAAAUCCCAAACCUACAGAAGACCAAAAUAUAGGAUCAAAAAAGUGUGGGAAUGAGCUGAACGACAACAUCACAUGGUACAUGAAACUGUCAUGGCUGCUCUCUGAUAUAGUACAUGUGUUUUCAAUUAUAGUGACGACCAUCUACUUUGGCGCCAUCUACCCAACUUUAACUGUAACCGAAUCUCAACUCUUUAACGACUUGAACAUGCAUGCGUUCAACACAGUGUUUGUUUUGAUUGACAUCGCAAUCAGCGCACGUCCAGUUCGAUUUCUUCAUUUUCUGUAUCCUAUCAUUUACGGGCUGGUGUAUACUGCGUUCAGUUUAGUGUUGUAUGGGGCUUCCGGGACCGUCAUUUACAAUGUCCUAGAUUACAGCCAGCCUCUAUAUCCCAGUAUUACCGUGCCGGGUUUGUGUUUCAUCGUCAUCCCACUUUUACAGUUGGUCUUCUUUGGCAUUUACUUAUUAAAACAUUAUAUAUUUUGUAAAGUAUAUUUUGAAUGAUUUUCCUUAGUCUUGAAAGAAAUCUUGAUACUGUAGUGUUGUGUCUUAUAAACUUUCGCUUGCAAGUUGUUUUAAUUAAAA